UCGGCCCGGCCCCCGAACCUCGCCAUCCGUCCGCGCUGAUCCUCUUUCUCUCUCUCUCUUUUUUUAAAGUGUGACUGAAACAAAACAAAGCCAAAGGGACGCUGGAUCUAUCAUUGGUUGAUUUUCCUCCUCCUUUUUUUUUUUAUGACCAAAAACAACCCCCCACCCGAGCAAACAAACACACACAAAAGCAGAAAGAAAGGGUCUUGCUCAGCAGCAGCAUGGAUGUCUUGGCUAGUUAUAGUAUAUUCCAGGAACUCCAGCUUGUCCACGACACCGGCUACUUCUCAGCUUUGCCAUCCUUGGAGGAAAACUGGCAGCAGACAUGCCUGGAGUUGGAGCGAUAUCUUCAGACUGAACCACGGAAGAUCUCUGAGACCUUUGGUGAGGAUUUGGACUGCUUCCUUCAUGCCUCCUCAGCCCCAGAUGCAGAGGACAAUAUACGACGGCUGGACCCCCUCCUUUUACCAGUGGAGACAAGUACAUGUGACAAAAGCGCCAGCAUGGACAUCAUCCUCUCCCGUGACAAACUGCUGUCUGAGACGUGCCUCAGCUCACAGUCCACCAGCUCUUCCACAGAAGGCUACACGGCCGUCAACCAGGCCCAGCUCAAUGCAGUAACCUCAUUAACCCCCCCUUCCUCUCCAGAGCUCAGCCGCCACCUCGUAAAAACCCCACAGACUCUCUCAGCAGUGGAUGGCACAGUGACGUUGAAACUGGUAGCCAAGAAAACUUCACUCAGCUCUGUGAAAGUGGGUGUAGCAACAGCGACUGCGGGGACAAUAAAAAGUGGGCAAAGUGACAGUGAGCAAGGAGGUACAGGGACAGAAGCAUCCCCAGAAAACAAGAAGAGGGUUCAUCGCUGUCAAUUUAAUGGGUGCCGGAAAGUUUACACAAAGAGCUCCCACUUAAAGGCUCACCAGAGGACUCAUACAGGUACUUAUGUAGGAUGCUUCUCUCAUCUUGUCGUCCUGCCACCUACCCGUAACCAUCUCCUUUUAUUCUCAUUUAGAAAAGGAAAAAAAUCUCUUCUGAAAGUCCAAGCUUCUGUCUAUGAAACAGGGCAGUGGAUAAUAUGGUAGGCCAGCAAAUGUACUCAUUAUUCAAUAGAACAGAGGAGUUCACCA